UCCAUUGUCGUGAGCCUCGUGACAUGUAUGCUUCCACUGUUCCAAGCAUCUCACUCCAAUCAAUUCUCUUUUAUAGUUUUUAUUCAAACUUCUCUCUCUCUCACACACAGACACUCUCAGAGCUUUUUCUUUUUGUCCUCACACACCGGACUGCUACUAAUUACCGAUCAAAAUUCAAAAAACCCAUCCUGCACUCGCAUUUUAGUACCCUAUCACUGUCUAAGUUGAAGAAAGAAUGGCGCUUCGGAGGAGUCUUCUUGGCAUGCACAGAUUUUGAAUAUGAGCGUUUUCAGUGUUUUGAGCACAAGGGAGUAAAAUGGAGGUUGAAAAACUAGAGGUAAAGGGAGGUUUUUUUCGGUUGUUCAAUUGGAAUGCCAAAUCUCGUAAGAAGCUCUUCUCAAGCAAAUCUGAUUUACAUGAGAAUUUGAACCAAGGGAAGGAAAAAUUUCAGGAUUCAGAAGUUGUGCGGCUUCAGCAGGGGCUGGAAGACGGAGUUGCUCCAAAUGCCAGAGGUCACAAUGUUUAUCAUUAUGCUUCAUCUGUCUGUGGUGAGUCUGAAUAUGGGACAAAAGCGCCUGGGGUUGUGGCACGGCUUAUGGGACUGGAUUCCUUGCCGACUACAGAUGUUGUUGAACCUUGUUUCACCCCUUUCAUUGAGUCUCACUCAUUCAGAAUCAGAGAUGCUAACUACUUCAGACCUGCUCCUGAAUUUCAAAGCGAGCAUGAUGUUGUGAUCUUUGAGAGUGUGAGAAGUAAAUUGGAUGGAUUUACUAGGAACUCUUUGGACCUGAGGCUGCAGAAGGUGCACAACCGUCCAAUUGAGAGGUUUCAAACAGAGGUAUUGCCCCCCAAAUCUGCUAAGCCGAUUUCCAUUACUCAACACCCGCUCUUAUCUCCAAUCAAGAGUCCUGGAUUCAUCCCACCUAAAAAUGCAGCUUACAUAGUUGAGGCGGCUGCUAAAAUAAUUGAGCAAAGUCCACGGUCGACUGUUACAGGCAAGUUGCCUUCACUUGGGUCUUCCUCUGUUCCAAUUAGAGUUCGGGAUUUGAAGGAGAGGAUGGAGUCUGCACAAAGAUCAUUCCGGCCAACUGAUGCAUCCCAGAAGGGCAAAGAGCAUAAUUCCAUUAGGAAUGUGAAGAACCAACCAAGUACCAUGGGUCAAGGCCUAUCAGGAGACAGUUGUCUAUAUAAGGAUUUUGAAGAAUCCAAAAGGAUUGGUUCUCAAAAAUUAAUGAAUAAGGAAAAGUCGGCGUCGCUUGGAGUUCAAGCUAAGGCCAACAUUCAGAAAAGAGACGGAUUGAAUUCAGUUGGUAAAAAAAGCUCUCUGAAGCAAAAAGAACAUCUUAGUGCCAAAUCUAGCAAUGUCAGCAGCAAUCUUCUAGAUACACAAAGGAUGGUGGAGAAGCAAGGUUUGUCAAGAAAGCCUUCGAAGGUGCCUAGGCCGAAUCAUCAGAAGCAGAAUUGUCCAUCAAUCAAAGAUGGAGAAAAUCAUGAACCUUCAUAUUCACAUACAAAAGAUGUAAAACAGCCCUGUUUGUCCAACAAUUACAUCUAUGGACGAGCACAGAGGACUGUAGAUAAGAUUGUUGUCAAUAAUGGGAUAACGUCAAGAAAGACAAAUACAGUGGCAGCUUAUCCUGGAAAAGAGCCUACAUCAUCUAGAUCAAAGAGACCUUCAAAGAAAAAACUAAAUACCAAUGGGAAUAUUCAGUCGGAUGUAAGUGUUGCCCAAAAACCGCUGGGGAUGAAAGAUGAAAAUUCUGUUAGAUAUAAUCCUGCAUCGGUGGGUGAUUGUGAAUGUGAUACGAUUGACAAGAAGAAUAGUUUGGAUGUCGUGUCAUUCACAUUUACAUCUCCAAUAAAAAAAUCAGGAGCAGGACCCAAUGCAUGUGGUACAGUCUUGGAGAUUCCCAGUUACGAUCCUUCUGCCCAUGAAUCCGCUUCAGGGUCUAAUGUCAUUGGUGGGGAUUUAAGUGCUCUUUUGGAGCAAAAACUAAGGCAACUGACUUCGAAGGUUGAGUUGUCCCAGCAAGACCUGUCAGAAGCAGGUUCUUUUUCUACUUCCGCAGACAGCUAUGUUAAUGUGUGCCCUAUUGUCAGCCUACCAAAUUUGCCGCCCACAUUUGAUAUAUGCAAAGGCAAACAGGAAAUCCAGAAUUGCUGUGAUUCCCUGUCUAUUGAUAAUCAUAGACUCGAACCUGAAAAAGAAACCAAGGAACUAAAACACAUGGAGGAGGAUGGUACUGGCAACAUUGAUUAUCAGAAAUAUAAUACUUUGCUGCUGUCCAGUUCUGUCUCUAGUCUGCCUUCUUUUGCAGAGGCUAGUUGUGACUCAUUUGAUGUUGACAGAAGUAAUGAAGGUAGCAUGCAAUGUUUAUCACUUGAAUCCUAUGAAGGGAUGAAAAGCUCUACUAGGAAAUCCCACUCAACUGAUGGUGAUGCGGAGAUAUCAGAUACAGCCUCAUCAUUCUCAGUUAGGAAUAUAUCUGAAACUGUUGAAUCCAGCUUAUAUAUGCCAGACACGACCGAUACAUUUUGCUGGGAACUACAGUAUAUUGAACAUAUACUGUGCAAUGCAGAUCUAAUGCUGGAGGAGUUUGCUGUAGGACGAGUGCACACCGUCAUAUCUCCUGACUUCUUUCAUCAGUUAGAGAAUAAAAAAUUGGGACCAAAAAAAUCUAUAGGUGAGCACUUCAAGAUUCAGAGGAAGUUACUGUAUGAUUGUGUUGGCGAAUGUCUGGAAGUCAGGUGUGAAUGUCUCCUAAACGGAAGUCAAAAAGUCUGGGCGAAACAGAUGACACUGUUCCAUAAGAAGCAACAGUUAGCCGACGAACUGUAUAGAGAAAUAUCAAGUUGGAAAAACAUCGAGGAGCUAAUGGUGGACGAGCUUGUGGACAAGGACAUGAGCUGUAGGAAUGGAAAAUGGACUGACUUUGAAAGCGAAGCAUUUGAGGAAGGUGUGGAGAUUGGGAAAAGAAUACUGACAUCUCUAAUAGAUGAACUGAUACAAGAUUUCUUAUUCUGAAGCCUUCUGAACCACAUUGUUCUUGAAACGUUCUUAUACAAUGCUCCUUUCAGUUAAAAACCCAUUGCACUGUCAAUCUCGCCAAUAGUUCCGAACCCGGUUGUGGUACUAGUCCUUGGACCAGACAGUUGUGUGAUGGGGAAGGACUCCGGCAUGAUUGUCAUCUUCGCAGCAUUGUGAUUCAUUCGACACUCGUUAGAAAAACUGAAUACUAUACAGCGGUACAGUACUCUCAUGUUCACACACAGCAAAACGUGUUCGCUACAACGAAUGCACAUAUCUCCUGGUAUGUUUACUUGUAAUGAAGUGAUUCUUUCUAGCUUUGAGGUUUCAUAUCAUGAAAAUGAAGCAUCCUUCAUCCUUAUAAGCCUGAGUAGUCUGGGUUUCUUGAUUUAUAUGUGUGACCUUUUCUUUUCACUGAA